AUGGCAGCUGGUGAGGUCACAGUAGGAAUGAUCAUUUUAUCAGAGACUGCAGUUGGUAUCCUGGGCAACUCCCUCUUAGCCUACCAUUAUCUGUCACUUUACUUCAUUGGGAGCAGGAUAAGGUUCACAGAGUGGAUUCUACAGCAUUUGGUUGUAGCCAACUUCUUAACGCUCAUAUGUAAAGGAGUUCCUGAGACAAUGGCAGCCUUUGGUUUGAAAGACUUCCUGGAUGAUUUUGGGUGCAAACUUCUCCCCUAUCUUCACAGAGUAGGUAGGGGUGUGUCCAUCAGCAGCACCAGCUUCCUGGGUGUCUUUCAGGCCACCACCAUCAGCUCUACGUGUCUAAUAUGGAAAAAGGAUAAAGUCAAGUCUCCAAGUUACAUUGCUUCUUGUGUGUACCUGAGCUGGAUCCUGUCCCUCAUAGCAAAUAUUGCUUUUCCUAUGAACAUGACUGCAAGAUGGAGCCAUAGAAACAUGACAAGUCUAAAACAGUAUGGAUACUGUUCUGCUGUUUAUCUUGACAAAACGAGUGACCUCCUCUAUGCAGUAUUACUCUCAGGUCCGGAUGUCUUGUUCAUGGGCCUGAUGCUAUGGUCCAGCGUUUCCAUGCUCUACAUCCUCUGCAGACAUAAGCAGAGAAUGAGAUGCAUUCAUAGGAGCCAAUUUUCCCUCAGGUCCUCCCCUGAGACCAGGGCCACAAAGACCAUUCUGCUCUUGUUGAGCACCUUUAUCUGCUUUUACACACUUUCUUCCCUCUUGCAGGCUAGUUUGGCUCUUUAUGAUCCAGAUUGGCUCCUGGUGAAAAUGGCUACAAUUGCCUCUGGAUGUUUCCCAACUGUGAGUCCCUUUCUGCUGAUGAACCAUGACUCCCAUGAAAAUCCUUUCUGCUUUGCUUAUGCAAGGAGUAGAAAACAGCAGCCAUGUGGGCAACAAGUAAAUUGUCUGUUUCUAAUUAAUGUUCAAUUUUGCCUCUAA